AUCCCCUUGAACGUUGGUAUGCUGCUGCACUUCCGUCGGCGGGCGGGCGGAGUCUUCCUUCGUCCAUUUUCAUCGGCAGCGUCUAGCGUGCGCUCGCUCUUGGACAUCUACGAGGAUGCAGUCGUGUCGGGAGAGAUUCAACAAGAUCCUGUGCAGGUGCAAGCAUUGCAGCACUUGCAAGCGUUGCAAGAUCAACUCGUGGCGAGUCCUCCACCUCCUCCACCCCCCGUAACCACCGACCCAUCUCCUUCGUUAUGGGAACGAUUACGCAGCACCAUCUCUCCAGCCGCCGCACCCUCAUCUUCCCGGGAACCCAACGGUCCCAAAGGAGUGUACUUGUACGGCGGGGUCGGAUGUGGCAAGACCUUCCUCAUGGACAUGUUCUUCGACAAUUUGCCGUUGCAGAGCAAGCGCCGCGUCCAUUUUCACAAGUUCAUGCUGGAAGUCCACGCCAACAUGCACAAGCUGCGCCAGGAAGGUCACGUCGGCGACCCGAUUCCUCACCUCACGGCCGACUUGAUGCGAACGUCCCGCGUGCUGUGCUUUGACGAGUUUCAAGUCACGGACGUGGCCGAUGCGCUCAUAUUGCGGCGUCUCUUCUCGGCUAUGAUUGACGCCGGCAGCAUCGUCGUCGCCACAUCUAACCGCCCUCCCACGGAUUUGUAUAAGAAUGGCCUGCAGCGCGUGCUAUUUCUCCCGUUUAUCGACCUGCUUGAGCACUCGUGCGUGGUGCACUCUCUCGAAGCGUCCUCGACCGACUACCGCAAACUCAAAGGCCAGGCCCAACUGCACGAAAUGUAUCGCCAUCCACUGAACGAGGCCAACAGUCGGCUGUUUUACGAAUCGUUCAAAACACUAGUCAAUAACGAAGUGGUUCGGUCUGUCAAGCUCUGCACCCAAGGCCGCGUGGUGGACGUGCCCCAUGCUGCACCUAAACACAAAGUAUGCUUGCUGUCGUUCCCUGACAUGUGUGACAAGCCCCUGGGGGCCGCCGAUUACUUGGUGAUUGCCGAGGCGUUCCACACGGUGUUUUUGCAAGAUAUCCCCCGGCUCCACGUGCACAACCUCAACCAGACGCGGCGGUUCAUCACGUUUGUCGACUGCAUGUACGACAAGAAGGUGCAGCUCUACUGCGCCGCCGACGCUGCACCUAUGGACCUGCUCGUCCAAGGCACGUCAUCCAAGCACGUGAUCGACGAAAUGUUUGCGUUCGAUCGCACUGUGUCGCGGCUCUUGGAGGUGGAUACCCCCUGAAGAUAUCAGGAGUGGUGUAUUUCUUUGUUGAAUUAUAUAUAUUUAAUUUCUCUAUUUUAGAUGCAAUCGGAAAGUUAUGGCACGUUGAGCGCUUCGACAGACCUGCCAUCCACGAGCCAUCGCCUCGCCUUCCUUCGUAAACUACAACACAAACCCCAGCUCCAUUAUCUCGACGUCAAGUGCAUUUGGGACCUGUACAACCCAACGCAAGCGACGGAAUUAGAAUGUCACGAGGUGCACGUCCUGUUGGAAGACUUGUUGGAGCUGCACGUAGGUGUGCGGGACUUGAACUCGGCGCGCGUGGAUCCUCUGUUUAGGCUCCGGGACACGCUGUCGUUUGCGCGCUUCCAGCGGCUGUUGACGAGUGGACAGGAAGAGAAGAAGGCGGCGGCAUGGUGGGAACUCGGCCAUGUGCUGGACGACCGCCUCGCCCGCCUCGAACAAGAGGACAACGACGGGGCCGUGCCCAAGGAAGUGACCUCGCAUGAGAAUUGGGUCGUGUAACUGCACCCGUCGACUGUGUGUGUGCUUGAGUAGAUUGUGAAGCAUAAUCACGACAUAAAGCUAUUUGCGUGCAGCUAAUAA